AUGCUCAAAGGCGAAUACAACUCAAUGUGUGCCCUCCACAAAGCCGCACCAACCUUCGUCCCUGCGCCCCACGCAUACGGCCAACUCAACGUAUCAAACCCAGACUCCUACUUCUUCCUCUGCUCCUUUCUAUCCAUGGACACAAGUCAAACCCCCGACCCAGAACAACUAUGCAAGAAACUCACCACGCUCCACCUCUCCAGCGCGUCACCAACCGGACAAUUCGGUUUCCACAUGAAGACGUGUCAGGGUAAUCUGCCCCAGCAAACAGCCUGGCAAAACAGUUGGAAAGACUUCUUCGUCCAGCUCCUCAGGGGUGCUAUGAAACUCAACCGCGAUAUUAAUGGGCCUUGGAAAGAUCUGCAGGAAUGUACUGAUCGCCUCAUCUCGCACGUCGUACCGGCCCUCCUAGAUCCCCUCACAGAGGAAGGCCGCGUUAUAAAACCUGUGUUGAUACACGGCGAUCUCUGGGAUGGAAAUAUCGGUAUUGACACCACCACGGGUGAAAUAUAUGCCUUUGACGCCUGUGCAUACUACGCGCAUCACGAGAUGGAGAUUGCCAUUUGGCGCGGAGAUCCUAGUAAAAUCUUGGGUCGGCAAGAGUAUACUGAUGCGUAUGUACAGAUGAUGGGGGCGAGUGAGCCGGUGGAGGACUUUGAGGACAGAGGCAGGCUUUAUUGUGCUUAUAUGAACUUGCAUGCGAGUGCUUGUCAUGGGGGAGACAUUUUCAGGGAGAAGUAA